CCGCACUUAUCGUUAUACUAUAAUACUCGUCGGUUGUUGUACUACCUACUACGCACGGCAUUUGUGGUGACUUGCGUUCUGUUGUAAAUCAAAGUAGUGAAGGUAACGCCUAUUACAUACAAUGCUGCUGCGUCGUUUACGGGGGCUGCAGUUGCUCAACAUUGCGGCAUUCGCUUUGCCAGUGUUCCUAACUCCGGCAGUUCUUGCGACAACUUGUAAAGUCACGGCCUCUUGUUCAACAGAUACUUGUUCCGCAGAUAAGAUCAUGGAGGGUACAUUAGUGAACCCCGAGAGUCCGAAGGAGGCGAGCUCCAUUUACGACUUCCAAGCUAGAGACAUCAACGGCGAAAUCGUCUCUCUAGAGAAGUACAAGGGUCACGUCUGCAUCAUCGUCAAUGUCGCAUCGCAGUGCGGUCUGACGAAGAACAACUAUGCUGAACUGGUGGAACUCGACGAGCAGUACGGAGAAUCAAAAGGAUUGAAGAUCCUGGGCUUCCCUUGCAACCAGUUCGGUGGUCAAGAGCCGGGCAGCAGCUCUGAUAUCUGCAGCUUCGUCGCGAAGAAGAACGUCAAGUUCGAUAUGUUCGAGAAGAUCGACGUUAACGGCGACAACGUGCAUCCGCUGUACGUGUACUUGAAGCACAAGCAGGGCGGCGUCCUUGGCGACUUCAUCAAGUGGAACUUCACCAAGUUCAUCAUCGACAAGAACGGACAACCGGUGGAGAGGCACGGCCCCACGACCAGCCCCAAGGAUCUGGUCAAAUCGUUGGAGAAGUACUUCUGAGUCUUCUCCUUUCUCUGCACAUAUUCGCUUUGCUAGGUCUAUCAACGUGUUGUAUAGCUAAAUUGUUAAUUACACUAAUCCCUUGUUACAAUUUAAAACAUAUAUAGUGAGACAGAAA